CUAGUUCUUUCUAUUGAGGGUUUUGCAUUUCGCGCCAAACCAGAGAGCGAUCGUUGCAGACGCAAAAUGGUUCAGUUGUGUUUCGUUAUUGAUCUGCGAACCUUGCCACCGCCAUUGCUAGUAGACUUGAAGCAGUCGUUACUUCAACUUGCUAAUUUCUACGCCAUUUCGAGUUCGUCUUCUUCUGCUCGCAAAUCGGAUACUCUCAGCGAUAAGAUCGGUUUGUGCUAUGCUGUUAAGAAUCGUUUAACUUCUUCCGACGAGUUGAUGAUUGCGUAUCGUCCUGUUGGAAAUUUCAAUCUACGCGAUUUCCACCACGCUGUUAACAACUUGCCAUCUGAUGCCUUUCUGCCUGAUAUCGAUAGCAUAUCUGAUGUAAUGAUAUCAGAUGUUUUGAGCGAACGAGUAUUGUAUUCUUGGCAAGGUAAAGAUAUUGAGAGAAGAGUGAUAGUAAUAACUUCGAUCUUGCCUGAAGAUGUGAAUUCUGUAAUGCAAAAGAGCCUCUCGGAUGCUGCAGAUAAAUGUGUUUCGGUUGAUUUUGCUGUAUUUCAGCAGAAGUCAAGCCAUCUGACUGAUUCGCGUGAAAACAUUAACAAUUUUCGUCGUUGCAUUUCUCAUCUUGAUAAUUGCUCAGUCCAGACCUAUAUCACAGAUUUCAGAUCAUUCAACGGCCUGGUUAAAAGAUGGCUGCAGGUUUUGAAAGAUGACAUGGACAAACCCCUGCAAGCACGUCUCGUUUUCAAGGAUGAUCUUUUAGAUUCUGUGAAUCAUAUAUUCUGCAACCUGCUUCCAUCGGUCAAUCCAAUAGCCAACGGCUUCAGUCAAUGUCAGACAUGCAGGUGCCAUGGCAUUCCUUUAGGGGAUGCUGAAAAAAAACUCAACAUGUUUUCCUGUCCGGUCACUGGCUCCAAUCUGGAAACAUGUGAUGUUAAUGAAAAUUCUGUUCGUGUUGGGGAAAAAACUAUUCUAUUUCUUCCGUCAUUCCAUAAUUCCCUGAAGCUCCUACCAAUUUAUUCACCAAUCAACUUAAUUGUUACUGAGAGGAUAAACUUGGCAUCUCUUGAUGAAGGUCUAAUAAUGGGGGCUUCGUUUGUUAUGACUCCAUCCCCUUAUUAUGCGAUCGAAACCAACUCCGAUGAUACUGAUCAGUCAGACAUGAAUGCUAAACUUUUUCAAGGCCUUUCCAGUGUUCUACAUUCAAUGGACCAGGGUUUGAUAUGUUCAUCAAAUUGUGAUUUAGAAACAAUGACAGAGGCUCCUUAUCUUUGUUACUACAUUCUGCAGCCAUCAGAUAAUGGAUCAAUGCUUAUGAGGCGCCUUGCAGGGGCAGAAGAAGUCAAACAAGCUCCUGACAAUCGAUUAAUUGAAUCAACGGUCAAUAAGGAUGUAGAGAACUCUGUUCAAGCUUGUUUGCUAAAGAUUGAUCUAACAGACUAUGAUCCAUUGUUACAUGAAAGAGGCUUUCAUAAAAAACUAAAUGUGCUUGUCAAAGAAAGCCUACAAUUGGGGUCAAUACUUCCCAAAAUGGACAGUGCAUUUUCUGAAGUAAGCUCAACUCGACAACCUUCAUUAGAGGUCAUCGGGAGAGCAGAAUCAGCAACUAACGUCAUUGUUGUGGAUGAGGAAACUUUGUCCAUGGAUAUUACGGAUCAAGACGACAGAACCAUGGCCUGUAUUACAGAAGAGUGGAAGCAAUUGGUUGUAAGCGAAGAGCCCAAGUUGUACUCUCCAUCUUGCAUGCCCAAAGCCAAGUUGGAUCAAUCGAGUGUAUCACCAAAAAAUGGUAAUAGACAGCUAGACAAGGAAACAUCAAGGAUUUUGGAGAGAUUGGAGGUUCCAAGGCCAUUGAAAGGAAAGAAAGCCUCUCCUGUUUCAAAUGAAAGUUGUAUGAAAAAUAUAACUGUGCCCACUAAGAAGCCUCUAAUACCAUUCCAGCCAAGCCAAAAUACAGAACAAGUCAUAGUCGGCAGCCAGUUAAUUAAACCAAACUUUCAGAGGCAGAAAAGAAAACUAAGAUGAAAAGAACGCAACUUGAUGUUUCAUGAAAACAAUUGUUCAAAGGUCUAUAAGGUCAGUAUAUUUCUCUUCCCUUUUUUAUUAUGCCGCAAGUUAUUUUUCUGCUAAAAUAAAGUCAAUUAAUGAUGAAACAUGUUUUCUAAUGGAUCAGAAUCGUUAAAAUACAUACUUUUUUUAGUGGGAUCGAUAUUUCACUUAAUAAAUUAUGUUAAAAUUCUAUCUCUACUUCUCUCCACAGUAUUCACAACUAAUUUCCAAGGGAUGGUUUGGAUCCUCUCCAUCAAACCCCUCUCCGCUCCACUCCCUAUCUCUGUCAUCGAUUCAUCUUCCCUCUCUUCUAUUUUUUUUUCUCUCUAUCUCUCUCCCCGAUUUGGUGGAGAGGAUCAAUUUAAUUUUAGAGUGUCCUUUAAACAGAAUUCAGCGGAGUUGUGAAAUUUCCCAAAUAAAUAAGGGUGUAAUAGUAUAUCUCAAGUAAGUACAUUUAUCUUUUGAGAUAAUCACAAAAUAGAAAAGAAGGGAGCGGUAAUAUAUUCACUAAUAGGAUAUUAGGAUUAUACGUGACGUAUGAUGCAUGAUCUCAGACACUAACCUUUCUUUUUGAUAAAUAUCAAGCAAUAUCUUAAUAAAAUUUAGUACAAAGACAAAGAUAGUACAGUACACAAUUACACUAAGAAAAAAUAUAUCUAUUUGCUCUUUUAAAAACAAUGCCGGCAAACUGACUAAUUGGAAACUGACAUGCAGAUAUAAUAAUAAGCUUUCGAUCAUCUCCAACUCCUCCCCACUUUUAUCAGUCAACCUGUCACUGGUGUAGGUUAUCCACAAUCCACAUCUUUCUUAACCAAAGUGACUCAAUUUUGUUUUGGGCUGCAUAUACCAUCAAGUAAAUGAUUCUAGAUAAAAAAAACCAAGAGGGUUGGUCUAUGUUAGACUCCUAAGAUGUGACAAACUAAGGUUUGAAUCUCAGUUAAGAGAGAUAUUCAUCGUGUCUGACACGCCUUAAAUAAAGUUAUCUCAAGAGAACCUAUGAAAAAACCCAAAACAUCCUAGAUAAAAAUUUUGUCAAAAUUGCCGUGUUUCAUCAUAUGAUUAUAUCAAUCUCGCUGUGAAUCCAAAUACGCAGAAGAUUGGUUCUUCUUUCUUUUAUGAUUUCCUUCCUCCCAAUGAAUGGAUUGACCAUGAGCUUACGGUGCCUUGUAGAAAGCAUAGCCUCAUUGUUCACUCACGGAAGAUUAUUCUCUUCACAUAGAUCUCGGGAUACGAGACCUGCCUUCAACUACGAACUAAGCAGCCUUGAAAGUUGAAAGAAGAGAAACAUGUAAUCAUUUUCACUUAAUUUCAAAUGUGAUUUUAAGAAUUUUUUGAUUUUUUUUUUUUUGUCAAGUUGAUGUUUUUUAUUUUGAUUCUAGAUAGUGUUGGAAUAUUGAUUUAAAUUGAAGUGGUGAAACAUAGCUUUUGAUUUUGGAUUGAUAAUUUACACUAUUUUAAUACUACAAACUUUCAUUUAUUCAUUUAAUAAUUUCACUUCCAACGUACUCAUCAUCAAUUUUACAAAACCAAUUAAAAUAUAGACUUCUUGACAAAAUUAAAAUAUAAACUUGUACUGCAUCCGGACAAACUAUUUCCCUCCUGAUUUACUUUCUUCCAGGUCCCUUCUCCUGGGAUUAUUAAAAUGAAUAAAAAAACAAAACAACAAACAUAAAA